GGCGUCCUGCGGUUACUGAUCUGACUUUCGACCGUUUUCGUACAAUCAACCUGGCGGUGGCACUGUCAGAAUUAAGUUGAAGAACGAGACACAGAACCACGCACGCGUUAGGAGUAGGAGCUGCAUGCUCAACGUGCUCAAUAAAAGGAAGCCGCUUAUUUUUACACUCGCCCGGUGAAGGGACCGUGUACAAGAUUGGCCCAGAAAAAUUGCCGCCGCUCGGAUCAUCGGAAGACGUUGCCGGACGCCGCUGGUGCAAAGACCCUAACGUUUUUUUCAUCGCGGCAAGGCUGCAAAAGCCACGACUGUCCUGCCUUAGAAGCGGACUGAACUUCUACUCCUGGGGGCAUUUUUCGGAGCAUCACACGAGGAACUCGAACUUCGAAAAUGACGAACUGUUUCGACAAGAUCCGGCUCCAGCAGCUGAUUGCAGAGACAACGCACGUGGAAAAUCUUAUCGCAAGAAAAAACUGUUUCUCUGUGAACUUGUGAUGCAGAAAAUGAAGUAGGAAGAGUUUCUGUCUUGCUACACCUGCAACAGGUUAGAUUUUCAAGCGCGUUUUCCCUUAGGAAGCGCGCAUGGCAAAUAUUAUGUGUCAUGUGUAACAAACUUGUCAUGCAGAUUUGUCAAAAUCAUCACAGUGAAACAGUUUUUUUGUGGGAUAAAUCUCGCCGCCAAUGUAUUCCACAUCUUUUUCCUCAAGAUGCAUAUCACACAGAAAAAAACUGGCAGGGCAUAUUUGUAAUGCAAAAAUAAAUACGCAGUAAAAUCUGCAUUGCAUAGCCGAAACAGCAUGCUAUGGGACCAACCAUGACAAAUUUUUCUGUGUAUUUGUUUUUGCAUUACAAAUAUGCCCUGCCAGUUUUUUUCUCUCGGAUAAUGCAGGAGGCGGACAAGGAGAUGAAAACGGCGGCGCUGCUGCCUGUGGAUGAAGCAAAGGAAGCAAUACAAGACCUCAUUUGUACUAUGGAUUCUUCUAUUUUUGCCUCUUCGCGUUUUGUGCAUCUUGUGUGCGAGGAACACUAGUAGCCUUGCUCCUGUAUUGGCGACUGGAUAGCAGGUUUCAUCCCAUGGUUCUAUGGAUAGAUUUUGCAUUGCACCCUCGUGGUGCCUUCUUUCAAUUACGAUUUUUUUUUUGAAUUGAAAAUUACAUCAACAGACGAGUUUCGGGUGCAAGACCCCGAAGUGGUGAAGAGCCUCGGGGAGCUUUUCGACCUGCACUGCCUGGAUCCGAACGGGUUUACCUACCACGCGUUCAUUUCUCUGCUCCUCAUCCUGAUCCGAAGAAUCGUGGCGCUCGAAGACCGCAACCGCGCGAGCAGUAGCAUUCCUCCGACGCUGGUCGGAGACCAAACCGCACGGUCUUCGCAAAUGGUUCAGCAGCAAGUCAGCAGCGCCAGGACCACGCCCACCGUGAAUUACCGCUACAACUCGGCGUCCGGGCCAAACACCCCACAGCUCGGCGGGCCCGGGGUUCGCAGCGCGACUACCGGGACCUACUCGGUGCCGUUAGGCGGGGGUGGUACGGGAGGUGGAGGUGGGGGUGCACAGCCGAGCGUUGUAGUGCAACCACCGAUAAGUACCGCGAACGCAACACCUUUGCAGCCACCAAGGGCGCCGGUGGGGUCGACAGCAAGCGCUUCCCGGAGUAAUUUUUUUUUUUUUGUGAACAACAUCCUGAUUCUAUUGAUUUGAUGUUGAGUCGCGCGCGGCUUCUUGAGCUUUUGUAUGUGCCUAGGAAUUGUAGAGAAGUAAAUUCGAAUCUUCUAGGUAUCACGCCACCGGUCGUCGCGAGAACAGUAAUCCAAGGACCGCCUACUGUGCAAAGUACACCACCCGUGCAGAGUACGCCGCCGAGAAGGCUGAGCAACCGCUUCGCCCACAUAAAUCUCCUGCCAGUGUAAUUUUUGAGUGACUGAGCUGUGACUCGUUUGCUAUAAGAAAGGUUUCAUCGCUGCUUUCUCCAGUAUGUCUGUGGCCGGGUAUUGGCCGCCUGUCAUUUGAAUGAAAAUGUUGACUCACAGGCAGCUGACGCCCCGGGGUCCUCGCACCUCCGUCGUCCCGGCCCUUGGGCCGCGGACUGCGAUGGUGCCGCAGGAAAGCCGCACCUACUACUACCGCGUCGACAUGCCCGCAGGCUCACCGCCCCCACAGCCACCCGCGACGGCGCGAAGGCAAGAAAAUAUUCCCUCAAGUGCGCUGCUGGAAAUGGCACAAAACUCAGGACCGGCGGCAGAAGUGAACGACUUCAAACAAGUGUACUGACUUUGGAUUUUUGCCUAACAUGGUUGAAUUUGGUUAUCAGGAUAAGACACCGAUACAUAGUUAGUUACAUGGUUUCCAUUCUGCCGCAGGCAUCUAUGGUGUGAUGUGUACUCCUUCUUCAAUUCUUUCCAGGCUGAACGACUAUGCUUCGAGAAUGUCAACCCAGUAUGCGCCCCCCGAUCCUGGAAACGCGGCGGAUUUUCGAGGCGAUUUGCAUUCGAUGCGCCACAACGCAAACCAAAUAAGGGAGCAGAUAAGCGUGCGAAGGCGAUAAAACGAUGCGGCUUUUUACGUGUCGUCAAACGUAGCCGGAAGAAAUGAAAACCAACCAAAAUCAAUUAAUGACCAAAGACGAUAAUAGAUUGCACUGUCUUUUCAUGAUGUAAGUAAAGUAUUUUUCGCACUUCUACGUCUACAGGUAGGCUUAGAGUCACAGAAACACAAUAUCCUCGAUGAACCCCUAUGGAACUUUGAAAUGCAAAGUUUGCCACGAUCAUGCGUGGCCUAUGUGUGUGCAUUUAUGCUAAGGAUAGAGUACGCACUCACAGUCUGGUGACGCAGGCUCAUGCGUCCCCGUGAUGGUUUCAUUUCGAAAAUGCACGUAAAGCGAACCGUUCUUGUAUGAUCCUUAAGAGACACAGACAAUAGCAAUACUGCGAAGAUGAU